AUGAACCGUGUCUUGUGUGCCUCGGCGGCCCGGGCCGCCCGGGCGCUGAGGCUCGUGGGCUGGGCUUCCCGGAGCCUGCACCCGCCGCCCGGAGGCCGGGCUCGGGCGCAGCCGGAGGCCGAGGGUCAGGAGGAGGAGGAGGACGACCCGAACCGCCCCCUUCGGUUCUCCUCCAGCGAGGCCCACCCGGCCCGCUGGACGGUGGAGCACUCCCUGGGGAAGGGGCAGCAGCAGCCCUGGUGGAAAGUACUGCCGCUCAGCCUGUCCCUCUCAGCCCUGGUCCUCUGGCUUUAUCUGCGGGACGAGGGCGCCGCGGACCGGUGGCUGGCGGGGGUGCUGGACGGAGAGGGACCCGAGGAGCCCGCCCCUCCCGCCGCCCACGGCACGAGGACGUAGGAGGGAGCGGACGGCCGCCCCCGCGGCGGUGUCGCGAGGGGCCGUUUCCGUCCCGGCGUCGCCGAGGCCUGCGCGGCGGGGGCCCAGACCGCGCGGAUUCGCCGGAGGCGGGGCGGGACCCCGGCCGCCCGGAGCCUGCGCCCCGACUGUCGCCUGUGCCUGGGGAUUCCGUCCACUGCCCGAGCCCUAGAGGUUUUAGUUAAAGCGCCGCGCGAGGUUGGAUGUGUGAGGUCUUCGAAGAACCCAGUCAUGCUUCCAAAGCGAUGCUGGCGACACUUGGCAUCCAGUGUCAGUUUUGCGGGUCAUCGCCUUCCUGGGAGUUACUGGCAACCGUGUUAAACUUGGUGAUGUGCUGUGGUCGGUGUAAAUGGCAUCUGUCGAUUUUCACACGCUCGCGAAUUGAAAAUAAAAUUUAAUUUUGUAAUGUGGAACGAAGACAAUUCCCUUUUCUGGCAUUUAACUUUUUAAGAAAAGAGUAGUUUAGUAGGCCAACAUCUGCCUUUUAGUUUUUUUUUUUCCAGAGUGGGAUCUCAGAAAAGGAACUUGAAUGUAAAUUGUGGAAGACAUUACCAAAUGGUACCAGAAACAAAGACCUUGCUCGGCUUUUUUGCAUUUUGAAUUCUGAGUAGAAUUCAGCUGAUGAAUAUUACUUUUCACUAAUUAUGGGUGCUGUUUUGGGUUACCUAAAUGAUAUUUUUUUUCAACUACUGCUUAGGAAAAAUCUGCUUUAUUCUGAAUAAAAUACAAGAUGCAUAAAA